CGAUGGACUACAGUCUGUAAUUGUACAUGUUUUAAAAUGCAUGUAUAAUUAGGUGGCACUUACAAUCGGUAGAUCUAGGUGUAAGGUAGGUGUUUCUUAAGUGACUUAUAAAUAAGCUAAAUUUCUUCCAUGAAGGUUGCAUUUACCCUGCUGUUUGACUCUUUGGGCAUUGUGUUUUUAAUUUAAUUUUAAUUCAAUAACUACCCUUGUUAUUGAAUUGAUUAUUCUGGGUUUAUGUAAGUGUAAAAGCUGUGCAGUUACCUCAAAAUAAGAACUUGAAAUGCGGAUUGCUUGAAUUUAGGUUGUGGUGCUAUUGGAAAGUGAGGCGUGGUAUUUGAGAUAAUUAGAGGGACCGAAUUUUGCCUGGACUGGGUGCACGGGCUGGGGAAGCAAGGAGACGACAAAACAGUGUAAUGGCACGAGAAGAAGGCAUGCCGCAGUAAAGCUGCAGUAUUUAAUUGCUGUUCAUAUUUCCAGACAUCUAGUACUUGGUAUAUUAAAGUCCCUGGUUCCUUUCCGCGUGGUGAAGUGGACUCCUAAAUAGGGUAUUGCAGUGGAAAUUAAUCUUUCAUUAUUCUACAGUUCAAGCGUUGGCACCACAUACAUUUGAUGGCUGCUGUUAUACUUACUGCUUUUGGGAAUAUUUCAAAGCAGAAAUCAUCCUGUGCGUAGGCGGGCCGCAGCGGCGCCUUCAGCGGGUUUCAAAUUGAGUUUCCCUUGAGCUGCUGCACAUCUUGAGUUUUUCCGUUAUGUUGGUAAUGCCAGUGCUAGUCUCUCUGCUAAUGGCAAGAAGAUUUAGAGGAAAUUAAUCCUGGCAUGACCGUAUUUUUAUUUUGACUUUUCACUUAAUUCUACUCUAUUCCUUUCCUCAGAGAAGGGAAAACUCAUGAAAGUGACGCAUUUGAUUACACAUGUAUCCUGUGAAGUUCCAAUGAACAACUGCGAGAAAACGCAAGUUCUUACUAUUAAAUAGUCUACUAUACAAACUAGAUUUGAGCUUUGCACUAAAUGCAAGUGAAGGGGAGUGUUACCGCGAAGCUGUUUUAUCUGUAGCACCCUGCGUGAUAACACAGGCUAUUCAAAUGGGUCAGUCGCAAUACCCUACUUCACUUCUCUUUUUCUUGAGGCAUUUGAUUAGUUGCUUCUUUGCCCACUGAAGCCCAAGAGGAGAGAGAAAGCAUUACACCCUCCAACUGUUUCUCGGGACUGGUCGUGUCGAUCUUCUCCUCUCCUUCUCCUCCUCUCCAAAAAAAAAAAAAAAAAAAACACCCAGAACGGUCGGUGAGAGCAAAACGCAUCGCCACAGCAACAGAAUACCCUCAGCAUCGGGCGACACUCCGUGUCCGUCAUGUCCGCUUCGGAGAAGUACGAGAGGUGCUGAGUGUCAGAUUUGUUUAGCUACCUCUCACCACGGAGCGGCCGUGCGCCUGUCUGGGCUAUCCAUCGAACGGAGAAGAUGGCCGCCAUCAAGAUUUUAACCAGCGCGGGGCUUUUCUUGGCGUUCUGCUCGCUGUGUUUGCUGGCCAUGGCUAUCUGCACAGACUACUGGUACGAGACGGAUGCCCGGCGGCACCGGGAGCGCUGCAAGAACUACGCCAACAACCGGAACGACCCUGGCUACAUUUACAUCUCAAAUCACAACCUGCCCCUCCAGAUGCCUCCAAAUGGCAUUGAAGCAAAACCGGGGCCAGUUGCGAAACCACUACCUCGUGAAAGGCGGCACCUCGUCGCCGCAGCAUCCACCAUGGAGUCUCACUGUAGCCGGCAGUACAAUUCCACCAUCUCCGGAUUAUGGAGAAAGUGCCAUCGCGACGGCUUUGACCUGGAGACAGACGAUCUUAUAUACAAAGGUCUGAUCCAGCGAUGCACACCGGUGAGGUACCACUACAGCUCGUCCGUCCUGCCCAAAAACCUCCCGGUGAACAUCACCAAGACCAUUCGGCAGGAUGAAUGGCAUGCGCUGCAUCUGCGCAGGAUGACAGCAGGCUUUGUGGGCAUGGCUGUCUCCAUCAUCCUGUUUGGGUGGAUCGUGGGAGUGCUGGGCUGCUGCCAGCAGCAUGAUCUCAUGCAGUAUGUAGCGGGACUUCUCUUCCUCAUGGGAGGAACGUGCUGUAUCAUCUCCCUGUGCACAUGCGUGGCGGGAAUCAACUUCGAGCUGUCCCGCUACCCGCGCUACCUGUAUGGCCUCCCGGAGGACAUCAGCCACGGCUACGGCUGGUCCAUGUUCUGUGCGUGGGGAGGCUUGGGCCUCACCCUGCUAGCCGGCUUUCUGUGCACGCUGGCACCCUCGCUCAGCGGCCCGUCGAGCCGCACCGUUGUCCACAAGCCGCGGCACGAGAACGGGACCGUGUGA